AUGCCACCUGCCAUUAGUGACGACGAGCAAUCCGAUCCGGGCGACGGAAUCGCGAUCCCCCUCAAGGAGAAGCGUGCCAAGUCCCGAUCGGCCGAAUACCGAGACGACGUCCUCCAGACUAAGAGCGAAGAGGAGGAUAUCCCGGAGAUCAAGGGCGACUUAAACGGCGGCCCCGCCAAAUCAACAGUAAAGAGUGACGAAGACGAAGACGAGGAAGAUGAGGACGAGGAUGAGGAUCUGGAGCCCGACGAGUACAUUGUAGAGAAGAUCCUCGACCAUCUGGUCGCCGAAGACGGUACCGUCAACUUCCGCGUCAAGUGGGAAGGCUAUGAGAAGAAGGCCGACCAGACCUGGGAGCCCGAAGACAGCUUGAAGGAAGGCGCAUCCGAGAUCUUGGAGGGAUACCUGAGAAAGCUCGGUGGGCGCGAAGCGCUUUUUGAGGAGAAGUCCAAGGCCAAGGCCACAAAGAAGCGCGGUCGUCCUUCUGGAUCUUCGGCCACACCACCAGCAACCACCAAGAAGUCUAAGCGAAGCGGCCACCCCGCCGAGUCUACCCCUCCUGCGUCGGCAAAGGAGGCCAAGAGCAAAGCCUGGACUUUACCUAGCGGCAGCUGGGAAGAGGAGGUCGAGAGCAUUGACGCCUGUGAGGACGAGGAAUCCGGAUCAUUGAUCAUCUAUCUGAACUGGCGCAAUGGCCAGAAGACUAAGCACUCCAAGGACGUCGUGUACAAGCGAUGCCCCCAAAAGAUGCUGCAAUUCUACGAAAGACACAUUCGUAUCAUCAAGGCGGGCCCCGAGCCCACGGAGGAGGCCCAGGUUUAG